CUCUCCCACAGCGGUGUCACCGUAAACUCGAUUCAUCAGUGCAUCUACGCUACGCUCAAGCCGACAUCACAGCCGCUCAAUACUCGCCUAAGAAAAUGACUUUGAAGGCAGAAUUCGAUCAAUAUGCAGAGGAUGUGAAGAAAGUCAAGACCAGACCUACAGACCAGGAGCUGCUGGAUUUGUACGGACUCUACAAGCAAGCUGUUGUUGGGGACAUCAAUAUUGAUAAACCCGGGAUGAUCGAUUUGAAGGGGAAAGCCAAAUGGGAUGCUUGGGAUUCAAGGAAAGGUAUGUCAACUGAAGAUGCCAUGAAUGCCUACAUUUCACUGGCCAAGCAAGCCAUCGAAAAGUAUGGAAAGUGAUGAGGGAAAAACAAACAAAUCUGCUAAUUUAGAUGUAAAGAGUAUAUAGAUAUAAACAUUCACUAUGAAAACAACAAGACUGAAACUUUAUAUAGGUUUAAUGUAAUAUAGAUGAACAAAUGACAAGAUAUUAAACUUGGUUUUGUAGUUCUACUUCCUGAUUAUAUGUCAGGCGAGUCCUCAAGAUGGAAGCCUGUAAUCUUGCCUUUUGUUUUAUAUAUAAAAAUGAGUCCGUGAAUAAAGCUCAAAUUUCACUUUAA